CCUUUGACAAUUACUGUCCAACGGUGCAGGUGGUCGGAGGCCGGACCAGGUAUCAACUGAGUCGCAGCGUGAACGAUAUCGCCACGGUAACCUGCGAUGCCGGCCAUACUCUCAAGGUGGGCAGUAUAAACUUGCGAUGCGUGGCAGACACCGACACGCAGGGAAAGUGGAGUGGAGUGGCGGAUUGCGUAGUUAAACAGAACUAUUGCAGACGGUUACAGUUUUCAACCGGUUCCAUAACUUAUAAAAACAAUGGUGUUAUGAACGGAUCUGAAACGCUCCAAUGCUAUGCCGGUUAUGAACCAUCUUCAAAGCCACAGUAUCAAUGCUUGAAGGGGACCCUUUCUGAAGGCAUAUGGACCGGGUCGGCCCGGUGCAAUUUGAUUUCCGACUAUUGUCCGACUAUGCAAGUCAACCAUGGAUCCAUUCAUCAUCAGGGACGAUCGUUGAGAUCCACCGCACACUUGAAGUGUGAUGAUGCAUUUCUUCCAACCUCUGCGACCGUCUUCGAGUGCUCCAGCAAUCGCACCUGGAGCGGCACUCCCGUCUGCCAAGUUGAUGUCAAUUACUGUGCCGAAUAUGGAAGCGUCACCAAUGGCCAAAUCACAUAUAACUCCAAUCGGCGUAAGGGUGCAGCAGCGAAGAUCUCCUGUAACCACGGCUACAAACCUGCCGCUGGGACUGAGUUUUUGGGCUGUGUCACCUCCAGACCUGGUACUGGACGAUGGAACGUGACAGCACGGUGUGACAAAAUCCCGGAGUAUUGCCCGAGACUGACCAUUGCCAAAUCUCAUCUGACCUCCACGGCACGUGAACUUGACGUGGACAUUCGAGUCAAUUGCAGUCUGGGCUAUGCAACGUCUGGCGGUGAUGUACUCAGAUGUAUGCAGCAAGAUGCCGGGCAGGGAAAGUGGAACAACACUGCUAUUCGAUGCGAACUGAAACGUAACUACUGUCUCCAGCAGCAUACGAAUUAUGGCACCGUCGUCUACAGUGCAUUGCGUAAGAUGGGCGACACGGCUAAGUUAACGUGCCACGAAGGACACGUGGCCAGGAAUGGAGAGACGUUCACGUGUCAAGCUGGCCUCAGCGAGUCCGGCUUCUGGAGUGCAACACCGCUGUGUACAGCUAACGAACAAUACUGUCCACUUCUUUCAAACAUCGCUAAUGGCUACCUGACGUAUCGAGGACCCCGGUCACUUGGUUCCUUGGCAACACUGCUCUGUAACCCUGGUUACGAAGCACUGAAAAGUAACCUGGCAUGUGCAACGAAGUCAACGGGCGUGGGAGCGUGGGAGUCUCCUGUCUGCAAAGCUUUGAGCGACUAUUGUCCACAAAUGUUCGUGGAAAACGGGAAAGUUGCGUACAACGGAUCGCGAACGGCCGGCAGCACUGCCACACCAGUGUGUAACCAUGGCUACGAGAUUGGAACUGCACCGCAUACGGCCACGUGCAAGCCACUGAGAGAAACACACGGCAUAUGGACCAACUCACUGAAAUGCUCCAGACGCCCACGCUACUGCCACGCCGUCAAUAUUACCUUUGGCAGCAUCUCGUACGACGGUCUCCAUGAGAUUGACUCCGUGGCAUCGCUCACCUGUUUCCACGGUUACGUUGCUGCCGGCGCUUCGAAGAUGAAGUGCCUGGCGGGGAGUGCGGACGCCGGGCGAUGGAGUGAGGACCUGUCCUGCAGGGCUUUCUGCCCAGCGGGCGACGUGCCCAAUGGUGUACUGGCGUAUGUUCCGAGAACGCCCCAGGGCACGAAGACGCGGCUCACCUGUCAGCCCGGUCACGAAGCCGUGAACGGCACCGUUCACACGUGUGACGUCUACAACACAACACAUUCACACCUGUCCGGCAGGGCAGCCUGCAGAGCCAUUCCCGGUUUCUGCUCCGAGAUGCCCAGAGUCGAGGGUCGUUACGUGUACACGGACAACCGGGAGUUCGGAGCGGUCGCCACUCUGAUCUGCAAGCCCGGCUACGAGGCAAUUGCCGGCGAUACAUUCUACUGUGGUAACGAGGGAGCGUGGGACAGUAUCGGCAUCUGUACACUUAUUGAUAACUAUUGCCCGCUGAUCAACACCGACGCUGGAAGUGCUCGCUACACUGGCAAACGACGGUUAGGAUCCACGGUAGCACUUUCAUGUGAGCUUGGUUACAACAACACCGGACCGUUCGAAUGCCAUCCCGGCAACAAAACAAGCGGGAACUGGUCCGGAAGCCAGGGUUGUCAGCUGAUCACCGACUUCUGUGCUUUGGAACUGAACAACACCGUCGGCGGUCAGAUUGAAUACCCGGCAAUCAAGUCGUUGGAUUCCAAAGCCGUACUGAGUUGUGGCAAAGGAUAUAAGCUGGAAAACACCCCAGACUACUUGUGCAUAGUGGCCGACGACAGCAACAGCACAGGGAUCUGGAACGGAACGGGAUUAUGCGAAGUUGACACGCAGGGAACGAAUGCCAGGGAGGGCUUCGACAUCCUUCUGCCAAGCGUUGCCGCCUCAAUCGCUUUCUUCAUCUGCUUCUGCAUCUCCAUGUGGGUUUGGCAGAAGAAAAAGGAAAAGAAAGGCAUUACUAAGAAGCACUCGUCACACAAUCGUCGCCAAAAAUCCAGGAGGCAUGCCGACCGCACCACCAUGGAUAACGACAAGGGCUACGAAUUCUGGCCUGGGCAGCAGGCCCAAGGCGGCAAAGCCUACGAGGAAAGCGCACUCACUAGGGGAGGAGAACUGCCGAAGCUUAAAGACGACGACGGUGACGUGGGCGUGCUUGCGAGCUGGUCGCGGCACAUGCCGCGAGGCGCCAGGAAACCGUCCACCGCCACUGACUUCAUCAACGACUUUGAUGGCGAGGAGGAUGAGAUGGCUGGAGAGUGGAUGCUGGGUGGCGACAACGGUCAGCAGCCGGGCUACAGUAACAGUCGCUCCGGCAGCCCGCACAGCUUUACGCAGUCCAUGCUGAGCUACCAAGACGCCGCCACGUUUGGAAGCAUGAUGUCGCUGGACCGGCUUGCGCAGCAGGAUAACGUAUCGCUCAACCACCACCAGCAGCAACAGCACCAGCACCACCAGCAGCAUUACCCGGACAACCUGAUGCCGGACGCGCGGAUCUCACGCUCGGGCAACAACAGCGUGCAUUCGUCACCGGACCAAGUACGCCGUCACUCGUCUCAGUCCAUGAGAGUUGGCAGCAGCAGCGGCAGCAGACAGCACUCAGUGGUGUCACGCAACGCCAGUAUCAGGAGCAACGGCAGCAACGUAUCGGAUGGCAGAUACCUGCGUUAUGACUCCGAGAUGAACAGCAUGUACAGCGACGCCGUCGACCAAGAUCCGCCACCGCAGCUGCAACGCAACCCCUCAGUUUCGUCUUCCGGCUACUCCAGGACGGUAUCAAGCAUGCAGUAUCCGCACGCCGACCGCAUUAGCAGCUUCCACGACUUGAGCCAGGUGGCGCACAGCAACAGCGGUAUGCUGCCGGCUCCGGGCGACGGUCCGCAGAGACGCUCCCAACACUCGCGCUCAAUGUACGCUAGUCGUGGACAGCAGCAACAGCAGCAGCAGCAACAGCAGCAGCAGCAGCAACGACGACAACAACAACAACAACAACAACAACAACAACAACAACAACAACAGCAACAACAACUACUACUACUGCAGCAGCACGGGGCAGGCAAUGCCUGGGGCAGCCAGGUCUCGGAGUCCACGACUCUCUCGAUGCACAGCAUGGGUCCCGGCAGUGCGGCGGCGGCCAGUGGCUACAACACACAGGAACCAAUAGUACGCGCCAACGGUUACUCCCAGGCGCGGAGAGCCAGUGCACGUUCACAUGCCGCCAGCAACCACAGCAUGCACCAACAGCAGCAUCAACAGCACCAACAAUUUCAACCGCAGCACCAAGCGCAACAGGACGAGGACUGUUACGAGCAGCCGAUCACCAAGUCCAAAAUCUCCCUGGUACACGGUGAUGACCGUCAGCAAACAAGCGUCCAUGCAGACCCUGCCGCAGCAGCAGAGCCAAUUCCGUUUCAACGGGCAGCCAGCAUGUACAACAGGUCUAAAGACGUAAAGAGUCACGGGCAAGCUGAGGCGCCUGCAGACCCGUCUAGCAUUGGCAUGCCCGAGCCGAUGAAGCGGACGAGCAGCAAGUUCCGCCGCGUCAAGAAUGACCCGGGCACUCAGCUCGAUGCAGGCAUGACCACACCGAGAUUGCCCUCUCCCACACAGCACUCGUCCCAGCUAGAUGGCAGCCCAUCUGCUGCUUCGCUGACUCCGGGCGAGAUACAAUGCGCGUCAAAGCACGGUGAUUACUCCAAUGUCAACAAGUCGAGGAAGAGCAGCACUUCACAGCGGCGCAGACAGACGGAACACGCCGAAGCAGAGACUGCUCCGCCGAUACCUACGAAAACAGUGUUUGGCAGCGAGCCACCCCAUGGCGAGGCUAUCCUCAGACCAGUCGCCAGUUCCGGAGCCCAACAACAGAUCGCCGGGGACGACCGAAUGCCAGCGCCUCUGCCAAGGACCCGGGCGUCGCUACGGAGACCGAAGGACACUACACAGAGCGGGCUUCGGGCAUCCGGUCUAGAUCGGGCCCGCAGUAUGCGCUCCUAAGUGCUAAUCCCAGGGUGGCAGACAGGGACAACUUGGCUUGCUACUCGCCACAGGUUGAAGUCGCAGUCCUUGGGACCCAGGAAUAAUUCCCACAGUGGACUAUCAUCCGGGCAUCGCUGUGUAUGAGGGCCGGCGUUCCAUGCCUCCUCACCGAUGCAUGACCCGACUACAACUUGUGGUGUGUGUGCAGCAAGACGUUGCCAGGCCGUUGAAUGCCGGUUGUGCUGUACACAACAGGGUGCUCAAUCCCCUACGUACCGCAUAGCACGUCACGCGUGGGGUCAAGCUUGUUCCUCUCAACGCAUCCUCUUCAAGAGUAGAUAGGCAAUCAUCACUCAGAAUCUUUCUUUUUCGUGCACAUGCACCACCACUACGCAUGAACGCACAUCUUCAUGCUUGCUCACUGGAAACACAGAGAGCAUGUUCGCACAAAUUGUUGCAUGGAUAAAGCGUGUCGCACGCAAACCAACCCCACCACCUGCAUAGUCUCGCAGUUCUCAAGAACUCCGAAACUAUGUGCCUCACCAUCUUCUUCA